GACGAAAACGGCUCCGCACCUGCACCUGGAACGCUUUUUAGCGUUCGAACAAGAUCCGAACAACAACCACCACCACCACCAUCGUCAUCUUCAUCGAACCUGAAGGAAAAUGCCCCAAAUCCUCGAGCGCUAAAACCCUAAUCUUGCUCGACCACCGUCCACCACCACCGCCGCGGCAAUGGCCAGAUCUUCCCUCGCGGUGGUGCCCCACCAGCCGGACGACCCCUCCUCCUCCCUCCCCCUCGUCGUCGCCCUCAACUGCAUCGAGGACUGCUCCCUCGAGCUGUCCUCCCUCGCCGGCGUCGCCUCCGUCGAGCACGUCCCCCUCAGCCGCCUCGCCUCCUCCGACCGCACCAUCGACUCCGCCUCCGCCGUCCUCCUCCACUCCCUCGCCUUCCUCCCCCGCGCCGCCCAGCGCCGCCUCCGCCCCUACCAGCUCGUCCUCUGCCUCGGCUCCGCCGACCGCGCCGUCGACUCCGCCCUCGCCGCCGAGCUGGGGCUCCGCCUCGUCCACGUGGACACCUCCCGGGCCGAGGAGAUCGCCGACACGGUCAUGGCUCUGGUCCUCAGCUUGCUCCGGCGGACGCACUUGUUGGCCCGGCACGCGCUCUCGGCUUCCGGGUGGCUCGGAUCGGUGCAGCCUCUGUGUAGGGGGAUGAGGAGGUGCCGCGGCUUGGUGCUCGGGAUUAUCGGUAGAUCGAGCUCCGCUAAGUCACUCGCUACGCGUGGAUUGGCAUUUAAGAUGAGCGUGCUCUACUUCGAUGUCGUCGAUGGAAAUGGGAACGUGCUCAGGCCAUCCGUAUCCUUUCCUGCCUCCGCCCGGAGAAUGGAAACUCUUAAUGAUUUGCUUGCGGCCAGUGAUAUUGUCUCUCUUCACUGUGCACUAACAAACGAAACUAUCCAGAUUCUUAAUGCAGAAUGCUUGCAGCAUAUGAAGCCUGGGGCAUUUCUUGUAAAUACGGGCAGCUGUCAGUUGCUGGAUGAUUGUGUGGUAAAGCAGCUUCUCAUUGAUGGUACCCUGGCUGGAUGUGCUCUGGACGGCGCUGAAGGGCCACAAUGGAUGGAAGCAUGGGUAAGGGAAAUGCCCAAUGUGUUGAUACUACCACGAAGUGCUGAUUAUAGCGAAGAAGUGUGGAUGGAGAUACGGGAGAAAGCCAUCUCAAUGUUGCAGACAUACUUUUUUGAUGGCAUUGUUCCGAAAGAUGCUGUAUCUGAUGAGGAAGAGGAAGAAAGUGAAAUAGCAGAUGAAAAUCAGAAGUUUGGCUCCCGAGACAAAGAAAGUGUUCUUCAGGUUUCUUCAGUGGCACAAGUGACAGAUAUUGUCCAACUAAGUCGAGAAAGCGCACAGAAAGUGGGCACUAGUCAAUUAGAAGAGUCUCCAAACCACAAUCAGGGUUCAGGUUUGUCUCAAAACACGGUCGCACGACCUGAAGCAAGGCGUAUUCGAUCGGGUAAGAAAGCGAAGAAGAGGCACGGUCGUCAAAAGUCGGGGCAAAAAUUCGAUGACCCUUCUGCUUUAGGAAAAGAAAGCGCAUCCAAUCGAGAAGAUGACACUGCUAUGAGUGGCACAGAUCAAGUUCUAAGUUCUAGUUCACGUUUUGCUUCUCCUGAAGACUCCAGAAGUAGGAAGACGCCUCUCGAUUCAAUGCAAGAUUCUACUCUGAGCCAACCUCAUAAGUCAAUCAGGAAUCUUUCUGGGAGGCCUGGGGAAUUGCUGAAAGAUGGGUAUGUCGUAGCUCUAUAUGCCAAAGAUCAUCCUGCGCUCCAUGUCUCCAGGCAAAGAGUAAAAGGUGGUGGCUGGUUCCUAGAUACUAUAUCUAACGUUACUAAAAGAGAUCCCGCAGCACAGUUUCUUGUUGUUCUAAGAGGCAAGGAGACAAUUGGUUUGCGAUCGUUUGCUGCUGGCGGGAAGUUAUUGCAGAUCAAUAGACGGAUGGAAUUCGUGUUUGCCAGUCACAGCUUCGAUGUUUGGGAAAGUUGGACAUUGGAAGGUUCUCUGGACGAAUGCAAGCUAGUUAAUUGUCGGAAUCCUCAGGCGGUGCUGGAAGUCCGCGUCGAAAUUUUGGCAGUUGUAGGAGAUGAUGACGGGAUCACCCGGUGGAUCGACUAGUGAGUUCUUCUGAAGCGGAUCUUGGCGUUUUUUAUUUCUUUCUUCAUUUUUUAUAUUUUUUCCUCUCGGUUGCAUUCUCUACAGAUCAUUUUGUAAAGCGUCCAUGCAUCGAUUUCCCUUUUGCCUCUUCGCUUGUGCUUCCCUUCUAUUGGGGGAAGGAUAUCGGCAUCUCUACUCAUUGUGUUGUGUGUUGUUCCAGCUUCCAAAUGAGAUGAGUCUGCAAUUUUACAAGUACGAAAGUGUUUUAUCUUCAUGUUUCA